AUGAGCUCCUAUUUGCUCGCGUGUCAUUAUGUGGAGCCCAAGUUCCCGCCGUGCGAGGAGUACUCACACCCCGACUACCUGCCCCCUCAGCCCGACUACUACCCCACCCGGGACCGACACCUGCCCGGUGCACCGCAGCCGCCGUACGCGCCGUGUCGGCCCGCCAGCAGCCCGCCGCCCUGCGAGCAGACUCAGCCGCCUUCUCCCGCCAGCAGCCCCGCGGGGCCCGUGGUCUACCCGUGGAUGAAGAAAGUGCACGUGAACGUCGUGAGCUCCAACUCCACCGGGGAAGGUGAGCCCAAGCGCUCUCGGAGCGCCUACACGCGCCAGCAGGUUCUGGAGCUGGAGAAGGAGUUCCACUACAGUCGCUACCUGACGCGCAGGCGCAGACUGGAGGUCGCGCACACCUUGAGUCUCUCGGAGCGACAGAUCAAAAUCUGGUUCCAGAACCGACGAAUGAAAUGGAAGAAGGAUCACAAGUUACCAAACACCAAAGUCCGGGCUGGGAACACAACAACCACAACAUAAACAACAACAACAACACCAACAACAACAAUAUCCAAGUCCAAACGGUUCAAAGUGCAAACUCAAAGACGAUGAAAUCCUCCAGUUCUUUGUUGCUUCAUUCAGUUUUUCCUCCGAAACUCUGGACCAGAACCUUCUUUUUG